AUGGACAGAGAGACAUUCACUGUCUCUUUCAGCCAUAUUUCCGGCUAUGAAGUGCACCCCGAUUUCAGCACAGCAACAGUCACCAUCAUCGACGAUGACUCUGCCACAACUUCUCCCCCUACCACACCACCACCAGUGCCAGGGAAUAUAGAAAAUGUUCGUAGUCCUGGUUGUGGUAGGAUGAGUGGGAUGCUGCAGAUGGAGGGUUGGAGGACUCUCCUACAAGAUAAGAGGAUUGUCCUCUCCUCUCCUACCAACUCUCUCUCCUUCACUGACCAGGAUGUACCAACCCAGCGUCCACUUUAUGCUAUUAUCAAAGGUAGAAACAGCAACGGUGUGCAUUCAACCUCUUGGUCAACACCAUAGUGGCAGCAGAGAUUGGCUGUCCUUGACAGACAAAGCAUGAUUGAUCAUUUGCUCUAA